CGCUUUUGCAGAGUAUGGUGCUGUCAGAUUAUAAUGUUACUGUGAAAUAUCUCGAAAUAUUGUUAUUGAUUUCUAGAAAUGAAUAGAGGACAUUUAAUGAUUGGUCAUGGUUUUGUUAAAGUUAUCAAAUAUUCCCUGCCUGGCAGGUUCUUUAGUACCAAAAAUAGUUUUGUCGGUGUUAAUUUUAGGAGUGACUGUUGUUUUUGUUGCCAGCGAUGGUGAACCUAACCUCGCAACAUUAGCUGCUUCUCCGACAAUUUCACAAAUUAAAGAUGACAAUAAAAUCGCAAAUGACAGCAAAGUAUCGCAAAAUGUGGCAAAUGCAACCACGAAAGAUUCUUCUAGUCCGAGUACGGUGACACAAUCGUCCAGCACAACAAAACUGUAUGAUCCAGUCUCAACAUCUUCUACUGUCAGUAGUACAACUGUCAAAGACAUUCUUACAACAUCCACAAGUGGGCCUUUAAGUACAUCGACCGAAAUAAUUAAAAAGAAUAUUAGUCAAAUUAAUUCAUCAGUAACUGUAAUUAGUAGUAAUGUUACAAAUAGCACUACGACAACUGUUGCCCCAGCACAGGCUGAGCCAGUGCUACCUGCCAAGGGUUCUGCUGAAGAGGAACACAAUAGUUCUAUGUCAAUAUUUUUUGUACUUUGUGUUCUGGCUUUAGGUAUUUUACUAAUACAUUUAAUGCUACAGACUAAAUUUCAGUAUUUGCCAGAAUCAGUAGUAAUUGUUUUUCUUGGAGGGGCGAUUGGGGGUAUUAUAAGUAUGAUGUCUCAUCAGAAUAUUGCCAACUGGAGAAAAGAAGAAUCGUUUUCACCAACAGCUUUCUUUUUAGUAUUAUUACCACCAAUCAUCUUUGAAUCAGGAUAUAAUUUACACAAAGGAAAUUUCUUUCAAAAUAUUGGAAGUAUCAUGGUUUUUGCAAUAUUUGGUACAGCCAUCUCUGCUUUUGUAGUUGGAACUGGCAUCUAUUUGCUAGGACUAGCACAAGUUGUUUAUAAGUUAAGUUUUGUUGAAAGCUUUGCUUUUGGAUCACUAAUAUCAGCAGUAGAUCCAGUGGCUACAGUAGCAAUUUUUCAUGCCCUUGAUGUGGAUCCUGUAUUGAAUAUGUUGGUUUUUGGAGAAUCAAUUCUAAAUGAUGCUAUUUCUAUUGUGUUGACAACUUCAGUAUUAAAUGCUAAAACUGCUGCCACAACAGCAGAAGCUAUUAUUUUAUGUUUAGAUAGAUUUUGUUUAAUGUUUUUUGCUUCCGCUGGUAUCGGAGUCGUUUUUGCACUAAUGAGUGCAUUGCUUUUGAAGCACGUUGAUCUUAGAAAAAAUCCGUCCUUGGAAUUUGGAUUAAUGUUGGUGUUCACAUAUGCACCUUAUGUCUUAGCUGAAGGAAUACAAUUAUCUGGAAUCAUGGCGAUAUUAUUUAAUGGAAUAGUAAUGUCUCAUUACACUCACUUCAACUUGUCAACAGUUACACAAAUUACAAUGCAACAAACUAUGAGAACUAUGGCUUUUAUAGCAGAAACUUGUGUAUUUGCUUAUUUGGGUCUAGCACUUUUCAGUUUUAGGCACAGGGUUGAACCAGCUCUAGUCACAUGGUCUUUAAUAUUGUGCCUUCUUGGAAGAGCAGCCAAUAUUUUUCCUCUUGCUUUACUUGUUAAUAGAUUUAGGGAGCAUCAAAUAACAAAAAAAAUGAUGUUUAUUAUGUGGUUUAGUGGAUUACGUGGUGCAAUUUCUUAUGCAUUAUCUCUUCAUUUAGAUUUUAGUGAUGAAACACGUCACGUAAUUAUAACAACAACUCUUAUCAUUGUUCUAUUUACUACACUGAUUUUUGGAGGCUCAACCAUGCCUUUGUUAAAACUUAUGCGUGCUGAAAAAAAAGAAAAAAGUAGUAGGCAUAAAAGAAGAGAAAAAGGAAUUUCAUUAAGUAAAACAAGAGAGUUGGGUCAAGCUAUUGAUUCAGAGCAUCUUGAAUUGGCAGAGGAUGAAAUAGAUGUUUCAUUUUUACAAUCUCGAAUCAGAGGAUUUGCUCGUUGGGAUCUAAAAUUUUUCAUUCCAUUCUUCACUCGAAGAUUCACACAACAAGAACUGAAAGAUUGUAAAUCACAAAUGACAGAUUUGACAAAUCAAUGGUAUCAAGCUGUUCGAAUUAGUCCAGUAGAGGAAUCAGAUGAUGAUACUGCUACAGUAUCUUCAAUGAAUAUUCAGAAUAGUGAUAUUUUCACUGAAAUUAGAAAUGAAAGUGAACAUGACAAGACCACCGAUCAUCCUAAACAUAGUUCCAUUUUGAGUAUUUAGUACUUAAAACAAAAAAGUUAACUUUAACAUGAGUGUCAAAAUUACAAAAAACUUAUUCCUAAAAAAAAUUGAAUUUGAAAAAUCGUUUAAUAAUUAAAUUAAAUAAAGAAUUUAAAGAAAUAAGUUUUUUAGAAUUUAUGAAUUUCUCACAAACUUAAAAUUGCACAUAUAGUUCUUUCUGUGAUGUUUUCUUAAAGUCAUUAUUAGAAAAAUUUCAAAGCUGUUAUAAAAUUUCAAAUAUUUUAGUCAGAAGAAUGUUAUUCUUAAUGUAAAAAUUAUUGAUUAGUGCGUAUUUUAUUCAAAAGAUUGCUUCUAUAUUUCAAGUAACCAGACUUUAUUGUUCACUACCACAAAUUUUUAAUUUUACAGACUCUACCAAAAACAUUCUGCAUAUUUAUAUUGUACA